AGAGGCGGGGCGGUGUAGGUGAGUCCCUGUCCCGCCCACCCCAUCACCCUUCACUAUAAAAACAAGUGACGUACUGUGAUGGCAUUACACUACAGCGGUGCAUCUUUGAGUUGAGCGACACGUGAACACGCGCAGCCUUUCCUAAACAUCCAGAAUGCAGAGUCUGGUGAGCUCAAUGGUGGUGGUGGUGGCCGUGGCCAGCGUUGCGGUGCAUGCCGGCCCUCAGUACAAACCCAAACCUGUCUACGGCGCCCCUGUGUGUCACCCAUCCACUGUCAUCGUCACCAACACUGAAACUCAAAAAGUGACGGAGACACUCACGGAAGAAGUCGUGGUCACUGAAACCAACACUGAGACAGAGACCGAGAUCGCAACUGAAACUGUGGUGGAGACUGAGGUCGUGCCGGUGACAGAGACCAUUCAAGUCACUGAGAUCGAGACAGAGAUCGUCCCCACCACCCUCACAGACACUGAGACCGUCUUUUCCACUGUGGUUGAGACCAAGACGGAGGAGGUUUCCGUGACAGAGACCGAGACGGAGGUGAAGAAGCAGUACCACACCGUGUGCCCGAAGCCCUCCUACGGGUAAGUUACAGCACGAGUGACGUACAGGGCCUCGAGAGCUGGAAGAGGAAGAUUGAUGGGUAGAAAUGGCUUCAGAAGAGCGAAGACAUGGAAUGAUGCUGCAAUUUACACUCGAGUGAAUGAAAUAGUAAUGAUGACAUUCCCUGCAACACAACACAACGCAACGCAAUGCAACAACACAAGAGGACCUCAGCUGUCAGAGAGUCCCCUUUCUUGUCAUAAAUCUUCGUAAGCACUUUCCUGUGUAUGAGCUGUAUAUUAUUUGCACUAAAAUGUCUAUGUAUUUUCA